AUGGGUCUGUGGGACCCCAUUUUAUCACGACCGUCGCCCGAUAUUACCGCAUCGUACGAGUUCUUAGAGGAGAUCGGCCAUGGAGGCUCGUCGGUGGUGCGCGUGUGCCGGCAUCGCGCCACGGGCGAGAGGUUUGCGUGCAAGAGCAUUCUCAAGGACAACCUUCGCUGCGCCGCUGACGUGGCAGACGUCCGAAGAGAGAUCGAGGUGUUGGAGCAGCUGGGGCACCACGCGCACAUUGUGCAGCUGCACGCCACCUUCGAGGACAUCUCAGCCGUCCAUCUCGUCAUGCAGCUCUGCCACGGCGGCGAGCUCUUCCACGAGAUCGUGCGCCGCGAGCGCUUCUCCGAGGCGGACGCCGCCGUCGUCUUCCGCCAGCUGGCGGAGGCGGUGGCGUUCUGCCACGCGCGCGGCGUGCUGCAUCGCGACCUCAAACCCGAAAACAUCCUGCUGCUGCACCCCGUGGCGGAGGGGGAGGAGGGAGGCGGGGCGGAUGGGGGAGCGGGGGAGCGGGGCAGUGCGGCGGUGGCGGCUGUGGAGGAUUGGAAGCCGCGGGAGCAGGCAGACGAGGAGGGGAACGACGGCGGGCUGUCGCCUCUCGAGCAGCAGUGGCCGGGGUCGUCCGUCACCCCUCCCAACCACUCCCCACACACCUCUCAAUCCAGCACGCCCCCUCCCGGGAAUCUGCUCCGCCACUCCUCGCUCCCCUCCCCCUCCUACUCCGCCUUCCCCACCUCUCCCCUCCACUGCCUCCCCACCAUUGCAGAUCCUUCCACAACCCCUCCAACGUCCCCUCCCCCUUCCGCCUCUGCCUGUCCGCCCUCCCCCUCCCCUCCGGCGCCCCCGCUCCACGUGAAGCUGGCGGAUUUCGGGUUGGCGCUGCACCUGGGGCCGGGGGAGCGCGCGCAGGGCUUCGCAGGGAGCCCAUUCUACGUCGCGCCAGAGGUGCUGGCGCGGCGUUCCUACGACACGUCAGCAGACAUGUGGAGUCUGGGCGUGGUGCUGUACUCGUUAUUAGCAGGCGACCUGCCGUUCGUGGGCGACACAGAGAAGAAGGUGUUCCGCGCCAUCACCAAGGGGCGCCUCAACCUGCAGGCGCCACCCUGGCCGUCCGUGUCCGCGCCCGCCAAGGCGCUCAUCCGCCGCCUGCUCGACCCCACCCCCGCCUCGCGCCUCUCCGCGCCCCUCCUGCUGCAGCACCCCUGGCUCGCGCACACGCCCCUGCCCCCUGCGCCCGCGCUGCCUGUGCCGCAGCCUGUGGGCGCGCGCGAGGGGGAAGCGGCGCCCAUGGGCGCGAGCCCAGGGAGAGCAGGGAUGGACUGGAGUGACGAGCGCCCAAGCAGGGCAGGCGAGGCAGCGCGGCCAGCGAGUGCGGGAGGGCGCGUGGCAGCGCUGCAGGUACCGGACCCUCAGCACCCCGCGCCUCAGGCCGACCCCCAGUCGCCACGCACGCCAUCCCCCCGCCGCGCCCCCCCACCCGUGUCCGCUGCUCGUUCUGCUGCGUCUGCUGCUGCCUCCGCGCUGAGGAGGGCCGCCAGACAUGCCGUGUCAGGCGGAGCUGCGGGCGGGGAGGGGGAGAGCGAGGGCCCAGGGGAUGGCGCAGGGGAGGCCAGCGGUCUGCACAGUGGGGCGGGUGGGGCGAGCGGGGCAGCAGGGACAGGGAGGACAAGCAGCAGUGUGGGCGGCAGUGCGGGCAACACGCCAAACAGUGCCGUGCGGAGCCUGGCAGCGGCGUUUGGGAGGAGCCCAGGGGCGAAGACAGAGAGCGCCAAGGCAGAGGGGGGGAAGGGCGGGUCAGGGCAGUUGGGGGGGGUGGGCAGCGGCACGAAGCGCAUAGUGAAGGCGCUCUUCCGCUCGCUCUCCUCCCUCGCCUCUGACUACCGCCGCGGCCGCCUCUCCUCUCUGGGGCUGGGCGGGGGCACUGCAGGCGCGGAGGGGGAGGGCGGGGGGAAGAAGGCGGGAGCUUGGGGUGACUGGGGCAGCGCCAGUGGCAGUGGCGGGGCGAGUGGGGCGAAAGGGGGGAGUAAGGGGUCAGGGGCGAGCAGAGUGAAGGAGUGGAGUAGCGGUGCAGAUGCACGUGUGCCAGGGCGAGCCAGCUUUAGCAGCAGCAGCAGCAGCGCAUGGGAUGGUAACAGCAGGGGGAACGGCAGCAGCAUUGAGAAAGGUAGUGGCAGCAACCAUAGGCACGUUCCCCAUCCACAGCGCGAGGGUGUGAGUGAUGGCUCGAGCGACACGAGUGCCGGUACAAGCAGCAGCACUUUUGGCGGCAGUGCGAGUGACGGCAACACCAGUGGUGGCAGCGCGAGUGUGAAGGCCGUUGGUGAAGUGCAGAGCACAGCAGGCAGCAGAGGCAGUGGCAGCGCUAACAUAGCUGCCCCGCGAUCGCCUGUCCUUUGUGCGACCUCUCUUGCCUCCGGUAAAUCUCCACCGCUUGCUCCCUUGCAUUCUGCCCCACAUGCCACAGCACCUGAACCUAAACCUCGCAUGUGCCAUGAUGCCCACGUCCCUACUGAUCCUGUCCCUGCCAUUCAUCCUAGUCUCGCUUGCACUGGCGCUGCUGCUCACACUGCUGCUGCUGCUGCUGCUGCUGCUGCUGCUGCUGCUGCUGCUGGUGCUGGUGCUGGUGCUGGUGCUGGUGCUGGUGCUGGUGCUGGUGCUGGUGCUGGUGCUGGUAUUGGCACGGGCAGUAUUGGCACUGCGGUAAGUCGAGAAGCAGUAGAUGCUGCUGGCCACGCAGCAGCAGCAGUAGAAUUAGAAGAAGAAUCACAGUCAGGUCAUGGGCAAAUGGAAGCAGCAGCAGUGCAGGCUGUAGCAGGGGCAGGAGAGAGCGCCUUGCAGGGGGGUGCAGAGGCAUGUGAGGCAGUGGCAGGCGACACAGGGGAUGGGAGUAGUGAUGCGCUUGUAGUAAGGGCAGGUGAAGCACAGGGGGAUGCGAAAAGCGGCAGUGGCAGCAGUGACAGGUUCAGCAGCAUAGCAGACACAGAAGCUUGCAGUACAAUGGCAGCUGAUUGCACAAUGCCUAAACCCCAAGCCGCAUCCACACCCACGCCCGCACCCACGCCGACUCCCACUCCCGAACCCACACCAUGUGCUGCUUCUCUGUCUGGUGGUGUUCAGCAGACCGCUGGCGAGCAGUCGGCUGAGCAGAGCAAGGAGGGUGGAGAGAGAGUGAAGGAUGGCGGUGAGAGUGGCGAGGUGCAGACAGAGAGCGAGGGCAGGGUGGGCGGUGCAGGCAGUGCAGCAGAGAGCAGAGGGGAGUCCGCCCCCAUAGGAGUGGAGGUGUGCUUAGGGGGCAGCACAGCGGUCCCUCCAGACCCUUUGAGAGUGCAUGUGCUGCUGCAGCCACUGCGCCUGUCCCCUCGCCGCUCCAUGCGCCGCUCUCUCAGCAGCAGCAGCAGCAGCAGUAGCAGCCGGAAUGGCGAGCUCGGCAAGGAGAGGAGGGGCGCACUGAUGGGCGGGCAGGGGCAGGAGAACGGGGAGGGAGAGGGAGGAGGGGGAGGGGUGGGCGGGUCGGAGCAGGUGGUGCAAGCGUGUGCAGCUGCUCCGUUCAGGUGGCGGCCCCUCAAGGGCAGUUUGAGUGGCAGGCUGGGGUCGGGCAGGGCUGCUGCUCACGUGGCUCCACAGCUGCACCACUGA